AUGUUAUCCGGUGUAGAGGCUGAGAGUUUGCAGUCGUGGUUAAUAAUUCUCCUCCGGCUGAUAUCUGAGAAUGAACAGAGGGAGGCAGCGGGGCUCCUCCAUGUCCUGGUCCUCAAAAGGAAACAAGCUCCAGCCAUGCUGCUGAAGUCUCUGCUGCUGGUGCUGAGCUCUCAGUGCAUCUGGGCCAGAAAGUCUGAGCCAUCCCUCGGUGAGGGGGACGCCGGUUUGUUCAGGGGAUCGGACAAAUACGACUUUGCCAUCGAGGUUCCUGCUGCAGGGAUGGAGUGUUUCUGGCACUUCGCACACCAGAGCGGAAGCUUCUACCUGACCUACAUGGUACAGUGGGUCUCAGGGAUGGCCAGCAAUCACCGGCUCUUUGUGACAGUCAACUCACCACAGGGUUCACUCAUGGCUUCGAAGAACGAAGCCGUGGGUCAAAUGAACUUCCAGACUGAGGUGACAGGUUUUUACCGGAUGUGUCUUGGGAACCACAACAACCAGUUUGGACGAAUCAGGGUCUUUGUGAACUUCGGUGUCAUCUAUGAAGGAUUUGAGGAGUCAGAGAGAGAGAUGGAGGAGGGGGACAAAGUUCUCAACAGCACUUUGACUGGUAUUGAGGAGAGUGUGCAGAAGCUCCAGAAUCAGAUCUUCCACAUGUGGCGUCACUACAACUUUGCCCGUAUGAGGAAAGGGAAGGAUCACUACCUCCUCCUGUCCAACCUCAGCUACGUCAGCUGGUGGUCGGCGACCCAAAGCCUGGUCAUCCUCCUGACCGGAUACCUUCAGCUCCUCGUCCUCAAGAGACUCUUCCACACAGACCCCGGCAGGCCGAGAUGCUGAGAGCAGAUCACCUGCCACAUAUAUAGUGACAUAC